AUGGAUGCCGUGGAACUUUCCAGAAAGCUGCAGGAGGAGGCGACAUGCUCCAUCUGCCUUGAUUAUUUCACCGACCCCGUUAUGACCACCUGUGGCCACAACUUCUGCCGGGAGUGCAUCCGGCUGACUUGGGAGAAGACCAGAGGCAAGAAGGGCAGGAGGAAGCGCAGGGGGGUCUUCCCCUGCCCCGAGUGCCGUGAGCUGUCCCCCCAGAGGGCCCUGCGGCCCAACCGCCUGCUGACCAAGGUGGCCGAGAUGGCGCGGCAGCACCCGGGCUUCCAGAGCAGGGACCUGUGCCGGGUGCACCAGGAGGUGCUCAAGCUCUUCUGCGAGGAUGACCAGAGCCCCAUCUGCGUGGUCUGCAGGGAGUCUCAGGAACAUCGGCCUCACAAGGUGGUCCCGGUGGAGGAGGCCGUGAAGGAGCACAAGCUGAAGCUGGAGGGCGACAUGGGGCAGCUGCGGGAGGAGAUGGAGAAGACCCAGGCGCUGCAGACCAGGGAGCAGCAGGCCUUGGCCGAGUGGCAGGAGAUGGUGAGGCAGCAGAGACGGCUCAUUGUGACCGAGUUCAAGAAGAUGGCUGCCCUCCUGGUGGAAGAGGAGCAGCGCCUCCUGCAGGCCCUGCGGCAGGAGGAGCAGGACACGGCUGCCAGGCUGCGGGAGAAUAUGUUCGCACUAGAGCAGCAGAGCUGCUCCCUGGAGACCCUGCUGCUGCGGCUGGAGGACUGCAGCACCCGGGAGCCCCUGCAGAUGCUGCAGGACAUGAAGGAGCCUCAGGCCAGGAAGAACAACUUGAGUGUGCAGUACCCAGAGGCCACCCCCAUCUUGCUGAGGACUGUCUGCAGGGUCCCCGGGCAGAUAGAGGUGUUCAAGAGUUUCCAAGAGAACGUGGUACCCGACCCUGCCACAGCGUACCCCUACCUGCUCCUGUACGAGAGCCACCAGAGGCACUACCUCAGCACGCCACCGGACGGCACGCCCUGCAGCAAGGACAGGUUCCUGGCCUACCCCUGUGCGGUGGGCUGCCAGACCUUCUCCUCAGGGCGGCACUACUGGGAGGUGGGCAUGAACCUCACGGGCGAGGCGCUGUGGGCCCUGGGUGUGUGCAGGGACAAUGUGAGCCGGACGGACAGAGUCCCCAAGUCCCCCGAAAAUGGAUUCUGGGUCGUUCAGCUGUGCAAGGGAAAGAAGUACGAGCCCCCCGUGUCCACCCUGUUCCCCAUCACACUGACGGAGCCCCCCAGCCAUGUGGGCAUCUUCCUGGACUUUGAGGCCGGGGAGGUGUCUUUCUACAAUGCCAGCAGCGGGUCCCACCUGCACACCUAUGUCGAGCCAACCUUCCCGGGCCCCCUGAAGCCCUUCUUUUGCCUUGGGGUCCCCAAAUCCGGCCAGAUGGUCAUCUCAACAGUGACACUGUGGGUGAAGGGAUAG